AUGUCGGGACAAGCUUCAACUUUCACAGACACCCCUCCCACGACAGUACAGUCUGGAAGAGGGAAGGUCAAACUCCCAGACAACUACACAGGCGACCAUAUUGAAUCCCAGAAAUUCAUGCUUCAAUGCCUCCUUCUUUUCACAGCAGAAUCCGACCGGUACAAGACCGAUCAGGACAAGAUAUCCCUUGUGCUUUCAUGCAUGAGAUAUGGCACGGCAGGAGCUUGGGUGGAGAACUUUCUCCUCAAAUCGGUGGGAGUGGACCCUCCCACUGACCUAGGCACCUGGAUGAACUUUUUAGCCAAGUUCAGACUACAGUUCAGGGAGACAGGCAAGACCAACAAAGCAUGA